AAAUACAAGAACAAGAUUGAGGUGAAUCCAUCACUUGGGCUUCUACACAUUUUGGCCCUUCACCCAGAUAUCUUAUGGAUAACAACCUCUGACCCGAGUCCCCCUCCCCUUUCUUAUAAAAACCAUCAAAUAUCUCCUCUCCUCUCAACCUACUCCCUCUUGGUGCACUUUUCCAUUUUGUCUUCUAUCCUUCAAGUUGACUAAGAAAAUGUAUCAUGAUCAUCAUGUCCCUUGUUUGCAUUGCCACCCUCAAAGUUACAUUAGAAUGGUUCAGCACUUGAUAGAGAGAUGCUUGCUCCUGCGAAUGAGCCAGGAUGGAUGCGUCAAGGCUCUAGCAGAGCGAGCGAGUAUUGAACCACUCAUUACUCUCACUGUUUGGAGGGAGCUAGUGAAGGAGAAUAGAGGUUUCUUUCAUACCUAUUCCAGGCAAAUUUCACCAUGGCAAACUACUUACAAAUGGUUGCCAGGCGCAAUGAGAUGCAGGAGGAGAAACUACUGCAGGUGCAGAAAUUGAGUUCAGCAAGUGACCACGCAAGAAAAUGUUGGCAGGCAUGGGAAGCUGCAUCAAGUCCCUGGUGCCAUCACCAUUAGUACUUUAGUCAUUGUCAGGGUUAGAUUAGCUAGUAUUUGUAGGCUUUUUUGCAUGUAGUCUUAAUGAUAUUUUUUAUCCUAUCAUCACGAUAUCGAAUUUCAUGAACAUGUAUUUUAGAUCUAUAUAAGCAGUAAACAAUGGAUAACAACCGAUUUGCGAACCGGUAA